AUGUCGUUCGCCAUGCUGCGCUCGGCGCCGGGCCGGUUCCUGUACCCGGACAUCAGCGCGCUGUCCGAGGACGAGGAGAACAGCGAGAGCUCGGGCUCGGAGGAGAAGCCGUUCCACAUGGAGGCGGCGGCGUUCGGGAUGCGCGGCGGGAAGCGGCGCAGCGGGAAGAGCCGCGGGAGGACGUCCCGGGAGCCGCGGCAGCGGCACACGGCCAACGCCCGCGAGCGGGACCGCACCAACUCGGUGAACACGGCGUUCACGGCGCUGCGCACGCUCAUCCCCACCGAGCCGGCCGACAGGAAGCUCUCCAAGAUCGAGACGCUGCGCCUCGCCUCCAGCUACAUCUCGCACCUGGGCAACGUGCUGCUGCUCGGGGAGGCGGCGGGCGGCGGGCAGCCGUGCCACGGAGCGGGCACCGGCACCGGGAGCGCCGCCGCCAACGCCUUCUGCACCGCGGCGGCCGCCUCGCCCCCCGGGAGGGACGGGGAGAGCGGGCAGCAGCCGCGGCAGAUCUGCACCUUCUGCCUCAGCAACCAGCGCAGGAUGAGCAAAGACCGGGACAGGAAGACGGGACAGCUCCGGAGCUAG